AUGGGCUGGUGGGAAUCAAGUGAAAAAGAGCUGGCUUCUGUCCCCUUGCAGGUGUGUUGGGUGGCCUCGGCACCCUUUGAUGAGGCUGGAGAUGGCUGCCACCAAAAGAAGUCAAAACCGUGGCAUCCCCAUGACUGUUUUUCUGUUCCCGGCCACCGAUGUGGACUAAGCGUCAACGUCUCCAUGUUGUGGAGCGUCAGCAAGAGGUUUCAACGCAAGCCGCAUCUCCGCAUCCUUCUCAUGAAUCUGGCCGCUGCUGACCUUCUGGUCACCUAUGUGGUGAUGCCGCUAGAUGCCGUGUGGAAUGUGACCGUUCAGUGGUACGCCGGCGACUUGGCCUGCCGGCUCUUGAUGUUCCUCAAGCUGGUGGCCAUGUACGCCUGCUCCUUUGUGACAGUGGUGAUCAGCCUGGACCGUUGGGCAGCCAUCUUGCACCCUCUGAGGGUCAGCAGAGCCAAGAGGAAGAACAAGGCAAUGCUGUGUGUGGCCUGGGCCCUCAGUUUCCUCCUAGCAGUACCUCAGAUGUUUGUCUUCCACACAGUCAGCCGGUCCCAGCCCACCCGUUUCGUCCAAUGUGCCACGGUGGGCAGCUUUGGGGCGCACUGGCAGGAAACCCUCUACAACAUGCUCACCUUCUCUUGCCUCUUCUUGGUACCCCUGCUGGUUAUGGUGCUCUGUUAUUCCCGCAUCCUGAUCGAGAUCUCAAGGAUGAUGACCCAAGCGCGGGCCUCGCCGAAAUCCCGGGAGGUCCGCCUGCGCUGUUCACGCAAUAACAUCCCCCAAAUCCGGAUCCGCGCCUUGAAGAUGUCGGCCAUCACCGUCCUCACAUUUGUGGCCUGCUGGACGCCCUACUACCUGCUGGGCCUCUGGUACUGGUUCUCGCCCGAGAUGCUGACCCGGGAGCAGGUGCCCCCUUUGCUUGGCCACAUCUUCUUCCUCUUUGGCCUCCUCAGCACCUGCCUCGACCCGCUGAUCUAUUGCUUCUGCUCUUCACGCUAUCGGGCUGGCAAGAAGUUGGCCAAAGCGCCAUCUCUCCGCAUGGUCUCUGAACGGGCGUCCACCAUGAGCAACGGCCACAGGCCAGAGAUGGGAGCCCACUGGGCAUGCAAACCAGGAUCGCCCCGUAGUCCAAAACUGGCCUGGGCCAAGAAGGAGAAAGUGGCUGAGAGUUGCGUCUGAACGGCCAAUUCUCGGCCCACUGGCCCACUUCUGCCUUCCGAUUAACGGAGUUGGAAGGGACCUUGGAAGUCAUCUAGUCCAAGCCCCAGCCCAAGCAGGAGACCCUGCACCAUUUCUG